CACCACUGGUCAGCCAAUCAGGGGCCACCGCCUUCAAUGACUUUCAUGUCCUGUAGGAGUUCUCAGGCAGUGUCAAUGGAAGGAGGGUGUCAAGAAAGAGGCCUGGUUUAAGUCCAAAAAUGAUCAUCACAACAUGGAUUGUAUAUAUCCUCACACGGAAAGGUGCAGGGCUCCCCUUUCCACCAAAGACCAGUUCGGACAUUGAAGUUGUGGAAAGCGAGGCAGUAUCUGUAGUACAACAUUGGUUGAAAAAAACAGAAGAAGAGGCUUCCCAGGGAAUAAAGGAGAAGAUGUCCAGCAACUCAGCCCCCAUCCAUGGCCAAGACGUGCAUGUCACCAGAGACGUGGUGAAGCACCAUCUCUCAAAGUCUGAUCUGUCAGCCAAUCAGAGUCAAGAGGUCCUGGAGGAGAGAACACGAAUUCAGUUUAUACGGUGGAGCCACACCCGAAUCUUCCAAGUGCCGAGUGAGUUGACGAACGAUGUCAUGCAGGAACGGAUUGAGCAGGUGAGACGCAGCAUCUCCCAUCUUACCUGCGACUCGACUGAGGACCCCAGUUUCAGAUCUUCCAAUUCGGAAUGCUAAGAACAA